AUGCGCCCGGCGCUCGGCGACCCGCGCUCGGUCUCGUCCUCGUCCGGCUCCUGCCCCGCGCCCCCCGCCGCUGCCCGGCUGCAGCCCCUCUUCCUCCGGGGGGCGUCCUCCCGCGGCCGGAGAGGCUCGGGCGACAGCAGCACCAGCACCAGCACCAGCCGGGGGGGCGGCGGCGGCAGACGCCGGGGGCGGGGCGGCGGCGGCGGCGGCGGCGGCGGCGGCGGCUCCCCCAGCAGCAGCACCGGCGCGGAGAGAGAGGACGACGACGACGACAGCAUCAGCAUCAGCAAGCCGCUGGUGCCCGCCGCCGCCGCGCUCCCGGGACCCCCGGCCCAGGGGGGCGCCCCGGCCGCCGACCCCGCACCCGCCGCCGCUUCCUCCUGCACCUCCACCUCCACGCCCACCUCCUCCUGCAGCAUGACCGCCGCGGACUUCGGCGGCGGCGCCGCGGCCGGGGCCGUCGGGGGUCCCGGGGGCCGCGCGGCCGGGGGCGCGGGCGGCUCCGGGACGGGCGGCGGCGCGUCCCGCUGCUCGUGUUGCUGCUGCUGCUGCUGCUGCGGCCGCCCGGGCCGCUCGGGCCGCAGGGGUCGGCGCCGCGGCUGCGCGCCCCGGCCCGGGUGCCGCUGGGGCUACCAGGCGCUGUCCGUGGUGCUGCUGCUGGCUCAGGGCGGCCUGCUGGACCUGUACCUCAUCGCCGUCACCGACCUGUACUGGUGCUCCUGGAUCGCCACGGACCUGGUGGUGGCGGCGGGCUGGGCCAUCUUCUUCGCCAAGAACAGCCGGGGCCGUCGGGGCGGCGCGGCGAGCGGCGCGCACAACCACUACCAGCACCACCACCACGCGGCGCCGCCCCUGCACCUGCCCGCCGCCUCCGCCGGGGCGCCCGCGGGGGCCAAGGCGCGCGGCGGCCGCGGGGGCGCGGGCGGCCCGGGGGGCGGCCCCGGGGCUGCCGGGGCGGCGGGCGAGUUCGCCUUCGCCUACCUGGCCUGGCUCAUCUACUCCAUCGCCUUCACGCCCAAGGUGGUGCUGAUCCUGGGCACGUCCAUCCUGGACCUCAUCGAGCUGCGCGCGCCCCUGGGCACCACCGGCUUCCGACUCACCAUGGCGCUGUCGGUGCCUCUGCUCUACAGCCUGGUGCGCGCCAUCAGCGAGGCGGGCGCCCCCCCCGGCUCGGCGGGACCCCUGCUCCUGCAGCCGCAGCAGCACCGAGCCGCCGGCUGCUUCCUGGGCACGUGUCUGGACCUGCUCGACAGCUUCACCCUGGUGGAGCUGACGCUGGAGGGCCGCGUGCCGCUGCCUGCGCACCUGCGCUACCUGCUCAUCGCCGUCUACUUCCUCACGCUCGCCUCGCCGGUGCUCUGGCUCUACGAGCUCAACGCCGCGGCGGCCGCGCCGUCCUGGGGCCCGGCUCCCGGGCCGGGCAGCUGCAGCCGCCUUCUGCGCCUGCUGGGCGGCUGCCUGGUGGACGUGCCGCUGCUGGCGCUGCGCUGCCUCCUGGCGGUGAGCUACCAGCAGCCGCUCUCCGUCUUCAUGCUCAAGAACCUCUUCUUCCUCGCCUGCCGCGGCCUGGAAGCCCUCGAGGGCUGUUGGGACCAGGGGAGUCGGGCCUCCCCCCGGGGAAGAGCGGGCUACGGAGCUCCGGCCCCCGCCCCGCCGCCGCCGCCGCCGCCGCCGCCCCCUCAGGGAGGCGCGCAGCUGGGCCACUGCCUCGCGGAGGACGAGGGGGGCGCGCUCGGCUACGCCAACACCCUGGCCGCGACCGCCCAGAAUUGAGGGGGCGAGAGGGACCGGGCUUGCUCUGCCCCUGGUCCUUUGACCGGCUCUCACCCGGGUUCCAUCAGGCUCUACCUGGAAGACGGAACGGCCGGUUGGGCCAAGGGCUGCUGUGUCCUGCACCCUUCUGCUCAACAGCCCGGAGGGACACGAGCCGCUAACGGUGACGGUGACGGAGGAAGAGCCGCUUCCUGCUCUGUUCUCCCUCAUCCAGCCUCAGGGGUCCGGGCCCUUCUGCCUCUUGCUUUACCCGCCGCCGUCCGAAGUCUUGUACAUUGUGGGGGAAAACGGAGGACACGGGGUGCCCAGACAGGGGUGCUGGGCCUCAAGCCUUUCCCCUCGCUUGGAAGUGCCAGCUUCUUAUAGGCUGUGGCCGUGUGGUCGUUGUCCCACGCCUUGAAACUGAUCCAGAAUCCACUGUUUCCCCUGGUGGGUCUCUUUGGAUUUUUUUUUUUUUUUUUCCCAGAUGGUCGAUGCAAAGUCUGUCUGUGUGUAUAGUAUAGCUUUCUUGUGUCCACACUGUGGCCCCUUGCAAUCAGUAGGAGAUCUGGGGAGGCCCUGUCCUUCCCGCCACACACAGGACCGCCCUCUUCAUUCCUACCUGAAUUUGUGGCCAUGAAUUCCCAGAAAGAGCUGGGCUCCUGCGAGCUGCCCAGUUGCUCCCCUCCAAGGGAGAAGCUCACCCAGGAUCUUCCUCAAUUCCACUCCUCUCUUCUCAGCUUGGAGGCAGAGAGGGUCCAUACACUAAUGACCAAACUGCACCCUUUCUUGGGUGAGUGAGCAUUUCUACCUCCGUGCUUUCGACUUUUGUUGCAUCAUGCACUGAUGCUGCUUGCAAAAAACAAAGGCAAAAUACUCAGAAGUUACAUUCAACACGGCCACUGGAUCCAGCUGGGGUUUGGUGCCAGUCUUAUUACAGGGUCUGUGGAGUAUCAGCCAUUGGCUUGCCCUCCCUCUCUCUCUUCCUCUGCACCCAGAACUCUUACUCCUCCCAAGGUUUGUUGCUGACUGGGUCAGAUCUUGGCUCAGAAUGACAGCUUUGGUGGGGCUCCUGGAUAGAUGUGAUGUUGGGGUUCCCAUUGCUCAAGGAAAUCCAUUCCCCAUCUGUCCUUCCUCUAGGAAGCCUGGUAUAGAUCAGAAAGGGUGAUGAUGACCUUUGUCCUCUGCUCUGGUUAAGGGAAUUUCUAAGGAGAAGGCAGGCUGCUUGGAGAGGCUGGGCAAAUCCUCCCCCUGCCCCGCCUUCCUCCCUAGGAUUCUUGAGAUGAAUGACAAGGGACACCUAGGGGUUGCCCGCUCAUAGUCUCCACGUAGGACAUCACUCUUAGAAUCUUUGAGGAUGGGUAAGUAUUUUUAGGAGAGGUAAGAGUGCUGGAGGACAGUUGGCAGCAAGGCCAGGAAAUACUCACUUUCUUCCACCCCAACUAGGAUGGGGUGGGGGACAAAACUGUAAGAAUUUUUGUUUCCUGUCCCCCCUCCUGAUACUUCGUGUGGUGUAAUGAACCCUGGACAAAGGACCAGAAGUCAUGGGUUGUAGUUUUGACUGUCACUCACUAGCUUUGAGUGACACAUCACUUUUGCUUUCUGGGCCCCAGUUUUUCACUUGGGGACCUUCUCUCUCAACUUCCUGGGGGUUUGUUGACAAAAGACAUCCAUAUAGACAAGACACAGAGGGGUUGGUAUCUUGACCAGAGUUCUGAGCCUCCCCUACUGUCACAGUGGGGAACAACAGAGGAAAAAUGUUUACUCUCAGUGGAUUGUCUGUGCUUUCAGCCCCUCACCCUACCAGGUCCAAUAUUAGGGGGUUGGAUUUUGCAACUAGUCUUUUAUUUUCUGCCUCCUCCUCCCCAUAUCCUUUCCCUUUGAAUUCUCUGUGCUCAAAGUUCUCCACCCAGACCCUGGGUGCCCCCCUCCCCCCGCCACCGACCCCAUAGCUGCUCCUUGGAUCUCCAUCCCCUUUCUCCAGCUUUGCUCUGUUUCUCUGCUACCUAAUCUCAGUGGCUAGGAAAGGACAAUGUGUCCAAGCCAUAGCUAGCUGCUCACUGGACCCUGCCCUACCCCUUUAGUCCUGUUUGGAUGGUGGUUUCCUCUGCCAAGCGACUGACUGUAAAAUCUGAGUGCUGUUGAGUUUUUUGGUGGGAGGCUGUGAUAGGUUCUGAUGAGCUACCACUUGCCCAGGUACAUCGAGACACAGAUGGCAACCGGGUCAGCUCUGCCUUCCAGCCACACUCACCCCUGGACACUGUCCUUCAAACAUCUGGUGCAAGUACUUUGUGCUCAGGGGUCAAUCCCUUCCUUCUGGUUUUUUUUUUUUUUUCUUUUUUCUUUUUUCUUGAGUGCUUUUGCUUUCUUUCCUUGCCCUACUCACAAAGAGACCUGACCCCUCAAGUUUCGCUUUUCUUGCUUUCUAGGGGCUUCUGUAGUGGGGGGGGGUGUCAAACGGGAGAUGUUUUCCCUGAGGGUCUCAUAAACAAGAGGUGCGCUGUCUCCUGAGGCAUAUGCCUGCAGUAUAGUUCAUAGAAAAGUAGCCCGCAUUCAGAAUUCAGUCUGCCUGCCUCCAACGUUUACGAAAGUAAGGUGCGCCCUUGAUCUGAGCCUCUGACUCGUAAUGGAUUGUAAAAGGGGGUUGAACUGGACCCUGUCUCAAGGCUGUUCUGAUAGAACAUGGCUUGGUUCUGAGUCCAUGUAUUUUUGGCGAAGAUUGCUGGCUGGAAGUUAGAGUCUGGAAGAAGGGAGGUGGCACCUCACUAGCAUUGACACAUUCUCCCCCCCCUUUUUCUUUUUAAAAAUAAAACCAGCCUUUGUUCUGAAAAUAAAAAACUUGAGACUUG